CCAAAAAGCGAAAUGGAAAUCCUCAUACUCUACUCGCCAGAUAUUCUGUGCGACGAAAGCGGGCAGCGCAUGUGGUGGGCGUUUCUCGCCGCAUCUUUGAUCACUUUCUUUGGAGGUCUCUUCAUCAUACUGUUGUGGAGAAGUCUCAAAUAUGUGUGGACCGUUUUCUGCCAAUUUGGCAACAAGGAGGCCCAGAGCAUUGACAAACAUACUGAGGGUGUCAGCAGUCUAGAAGAUGAAGAUGAAGUCCAGGAUGUGGAGGUCCAAUCUGACUUCAUGACCUUGGUAAAGGACUGGGCUGAGGUCAUGAUCUGUGCACAGAACACGACAGGACGCAUGCUGGUGGUGUUAGUGUUCAUCCUCAGUAUCGGAGGACUGGUGAUUUACUUCAUCGACUCCUCAGAUCCUAUAGAAUCCUGCCCGGACUUCAGCACUGAUUUCACCUUGCAGGUCGACAUGGUGUUCAACAUCUUCUUCCUGCUGUACUUCGGCCUGCGUUUCAUUGCAGCUAAUGAUAAGCUAAUGUUCUGGCUGGAGGUGAAUUCAAUUGUGGACUUCUUCACUGUUCCACCAGUAUUUGUGUCUAUCUACUUGAACAGGAGUUGGCUGGGAUUGCGUUUUUUAAGAGCUUUACGAUUAAUACAGAUGUCGGACAUCUUACAGUUUUUAAAUAUUUUACACACUGGCAGUUCCAUAAAGUUGGUGAACUUGUGCUCAAUCUUCAUAAGCACAUGGCUAACUGGUGCAGGCUUUAUACACUUGGUAGAAAACUCAGGGGAUCCUUGGGAAAACUUUGAAAAUUCCCAGUCGCUUAGCUACUGGGAAUGUGUAUAUCUGCUCAUGGUAACCAUGUCCACAGUGGGAUAUGGCGAUAUCUUUGCUCAAACGGACCUUGGACGCAUUUUCAUGGUGUUUUUCAUCCUCAGUGGCUUGGCCAUGUUUGCUCGCUAUGUGCCAGAAAUCGCUGAUAUCAUGCUUAAUCGGCAGAAAUAUGGAGGGAGUUAUGACUUAACCCCAGGCAAAAAGCAUAUUGUGGUGUGUGGUAACAUUAAUCUGGAAAGUGUUUCCAACUUCCUGAAAGACUUCCUACAUGAGGACAGAGAUGAUAUUAAUGUAGAAAUUGUUUUUCUCCAUCAUAUUGAACCUAAUCUUGAGCUGGAAGCCUUAUUCAAACGACACUUCACUAAGGUGGUAUUCUUUCAGGGUUCCGUCCUAGAGCCUUUUGAUCUUGCUCGAGUCAAGAUUGAACUAGCAGAUGCCUGCUUCAUUAUAGCUAAUAAAUACUCUCCAGACCCUGAUGCAGAGGAUGCAUCCAAUAUCAUGAGAGUGAUAUCCAUCAAGAACUACCAUUCACAGAUACGUAUCAUUGCCCAGAUGCUGCAGUAUCAUAAUAAGGCUCACCUGCUAAACAUCCCCAGCUGGAACUGGAGGGAGGGUGAUGAUGCAAUCUGCCUGGCUGAGCUGAAGCUGGGCUUCAUUGCCCAGAGCUGCAUGGCUCAGGGACUCUCUACCAUGCUGGCCAACCUCUUCUCCAUGAGGUCCUCCAUUCAGAUUGAAGAGGAGAUAUGGCAGAAGUAUUAUCUGGAAGGAGUAUCCCAAGAAAUGUACACAGAUUACUUGUCUAAUGCUUUUGUGGGUUUAUCAUUCCCUGAGGUUUGUGAGCUGUGCUUUGUAAAACUAAAUCUCUUGCUGAUAGCCAUUGAAUUCAAGUCUGAUCAGAUAAAUGUCAAUAUGAUGCUUAAUCCUGGGAAAAAUGUGAAGUUGCAAGAGAAGACACUGGGUAUCUUCUUUGCCAGUGAUGCCAAAGAAGUGAAGAGGGCCUCAGUUUUCUGUAAGGCAUGCCAUGGUGAUAUCUCAGACCCCACACUGAUCAAGAAGUGUGGAUGCAAGCAAAGUGAAGCAGAGUCAGAAUCUAUUUUGUCAUCUAUGAAAAAACAGCAGAAUGAAGGAAUUAGGGAUUCAACCUACCCUUUUCCACAAAUCUCAAGGUAUGAACCUCUGCUGGUCCCCAGACAACCAACGGAGGUGAUGGAUGCCAAUGUGAAGAGGUAUGACUCCACAGGAAUGUUCCACUGGUGCCCCCAGAGAGACAUUGAGAAGGCCGUACUGACCCACAGUGAAGCAUCGAUGACGGUUGUAAGCGGCCACGUGGUGGUAUGCAUCUUUGGUGAUUUGAAUUCAGCUGUGAUGGGCCUAAGGAACCUGGUGAUGCCUCUCAGGGCCAGUAACUUGCACUAUCACGAGCUGAAGCCUAUCGUCUUUGUGGGCUCACUGGACUACCUAAAGAAGGAGUGGGACACACUCAGCAACUUUCCCAAAGUCUCCAUAUUACCCGGCUCUCCUCUGAGCAGAGCGAAUCUCAGGGCUGUGAACCUCAACCUGUGUGACAUGUGCGUCAUCCUCUCAUCCAGUGUUAAUACCAAUAAUGAUGCAUCAAUGCAGGAUAAGGAGAGCAUCCUGGCCUCACUCAACAUCCAAUCCAUGCGCUUUGAAGACACCAUAGGCUUUCUGAAAGCGAACUCACAUGGCUUCACUCCUCCAGGUAUGGACCACUCUUCUGCUGAGAACAGAUCUGUUCAUGGCCUGAUGAGACAGCGUGUUACCAUGGCAAGCAACAGCAGCAUCAUCACAGAGAUUGCUAAAGCAGAAAAAUUGCAGAACUCAGUGUGUGUGAUACAAGAUAGGAGCUGUGGAACCUCAAUCCCUAUGAUCACUGAACUUGUGAAUGAUGAUAAUGUGCAGUACCUGGACCAGGAUGAUGAUGAUGACCCCGACAGUGAGCUGUACCUCACACAGCCCUUCGCAUGUGGGGCAGCAUUCACUGUCAGUUUGCUCGACUCUUUAAUGAGUGCUACUUACUUCAAUGAUAACAUUUUGACAUUGAUCCGGACGCUGGUCACAGGUGGAUUCACCCCAGAACUGGAGAGUUUGUUGGCAGAGGAGAACACCCUACGUGGGGGCAACAACACCCCUGAAACAUUGGCCAAGAGGGACAGGUGCCGUGUGACCCAGGUGGCCCUGUGUGAAGGGCCCUUUGCUGAACUCGGGGAAGGAGGUUUAUAUGGUGACUUAUUCUGCAGAGCAAUGAAAACUUACAACAUGCUGUGUUUUGGAAUAUACCGACUACUGGACAUGCCUCGGACCACUGAGACUGAAUGCACAAAGCGGUUUGUAAUCACCAACCCUCCAUAUGAUUUGGAGCUUAUACCUACAGACAUGGUCUUCUGCCUGAUGCACUUUGACCCUGCUGGGAGUCAGCCGUGCACCACACUGUCCCACUCCUCGAACAAAAAGAACUCGGCUAACACAGGCACAUGUAACAGCCAUCCAAAGAGCCACAAGUUGUAG